UCUCUCCAUUAUCUUAUUACAUUUCUUAAUUUUCUCCAUCUUCUUUUUCUCUGCAGUUUCAAAAGCUUUUUGAUUUUGUUUGAAAUGGCAAACGCGGAACGUGUAAUAACGCGCGUCCAAAGCCAGCGAGAGCGUUUGGAUGCGACUCUUAUUGCUCAGAAAAAUGAAGUCCUUGCUUUGCUCUCAAGGGUUGAAGCCAAAGGCAAAGGCAUUCUACAAUACCACCAGAUCAUUGCUGAGUUUGAGGCAAUGCCUUUAGAGACACAAAAGAAGCUUCAAGGUGGAGCUUUCUUCGAAGUCCUCCGUUCAGCUCAAGAAGCAAUUGUGUUACCACCAUUUGUUGCUUUAGCUGUGAGACCAAGACCUGGAGUUUGGGAAUACGUAAGAGUUAACCUCCAUGAUCUUGUCGUUGACGAGCUUCAAGCUUCUGAAUAUCUUCAAUUCAAGGAAGAGCUCGUCGAUGGAAUUAAGAAUGGUAACUUUACUCUUGAGCUUGACUUUGAACCAUUCAACGCCGCAUUCCCUCGUCCCACGCUCAACAAGUACAUUGGAAAUGGCGUUGAGUUCCUCAAUCGCCAUCUCUCGGCUAAGCUCUUCCACGAUAAGGAGAGCUUGCAUCCUCUGCUCAAGUUCCUCCGCCUCCAUUCCCACGAGGGCAAGACACUGAUGCUUAACGACAGGAUCCAGAACCUAAACACACUGCAACACAAUCUGAGGAAAGCAGAGGAGUAUCUUAUGGAGCUGAAACCCGAGACACCCUACUCGGAGUUUGAGCACAAGUUCCAGGGGAUUGGUCUUGAGAGAGGUUGGGGAGACACCGCGGUGCGUGUACUUGACAUGAUUCGUCUUCUUCUUGACCUUCUCGAGGCACCUGACCCUUGCACUCUUGGGAAUUUCCUUGGAAGGAUCCCAAUGGUUUUCAACGUUGUGAUCCUCUCUCCUCAUGGAUACUUUGCUCAGGAUAAUGUUCUUGGUUACCCUGACACUGGUGGUCAGGUUGUUUACAUUCUUGAUCAAGUUCGUGCUCUCGAAACAGAGAUGCUCCAACGCAUCAAACAACAAGGACUCACCAUCACUCCGAGAAUCCUAAUUAUCACUCGGUUGCUUCCUGAUGCAGCAGGAACCACUUGUGGUCAACGUCUAGAGAAAGUGUACGGAACUCAGUAUUGUGAUAUCCUCCGUGUGCCUUUUAGAACAGAGAAAGGAAUCGUUCGCAAAUGGAUCUCAAGAUUUGAGGUCUGGCCAUAUCUAGAGACUUUUACCGAGGAUGUUGCAGCUGAAAUCUCCAAAGAGUUGCAAGGGAAACCUGACCUUAUCAUUGGAAACUAUAGUGAUGGUAAUCUUGUUGCCUCUUUGUUAGCCCACAAACUUGGUGUUACUCAGUGCACCAUUGCUCAUGCUUUGGAGAAAACUAAGUACCCGGAUUCUGAUAUCUACUGGAAGAAACUCGACGAGAAGUACCACUUCUCUUGUCAGUUCACGGCUGAUCUUAUCGCCAUGAACCACACAGAUUUCAUCAUCACAAGUACUUUCCAAGAAAUUGCUGGAAGCAAGGACACUGUUGGUCAGUACGAGAGUCACACAGCUUUCACACUUCCCGGGCUGUAUCGUGUGGUUCACGGUAUUGAUGUGUUUGAUCCCAAGUUCAACAUUGUCUCUCCUGGUGCGGAUAUGAGCAUCUACUUCGCCUACACUGAGGAGAAGCGUAGAUUAACCGCAUUUCAUCAAGAGAUCGAGGAUCUCCUUUACAGUGAUGUUGAGAACGAAGAGCACCUAUGUGUGCUUAAGGACAAGAAGAAGCCAAUCAUCUUCACCAUGGCUAGGCUUGACCGUGUAAAGAACUUAUCAGGUCUUGUUGAGUGGUAUGGUAAGAACACUCGCCUGCGCGAACUGGUGAACUUGGUCGUUGUGGGUGGAGACAGGAGUAAAGAGUCGCAGGACAAUGAAGAGAAGGCUGAGAUGAAGAAAAUGUAUGAUCUGAUUGAGGAAUACAAACUCAAUGGACAAUUCCGAUGGAUCUCUUCACAAAUGAACAGAGUGAGAAACGGCGAGCUUUACCGUUACAUAUGUGACACCAAAGGUGCAUUUGUACAGCCUGCUCUUUAUGAAGCCUUUGGGUUGACUGUUGUUGAGGCUAUGACCAGUGGGUUACCGACUUUUGCUACUUGCAAUGGUGGUCCUGCUGAGAUCAUUGUGCAUGGAAAAUCUGGUUUCCACAUUGAUCCAUACCAUGGUGACCAGGCAGCUGAGACACUUGCUGAUUUCUUCACCAAGUGUAAGCAUGACCCAUCUCAUUGGGAUCAGAUUUCAUUGGGAGGACUUGAGAGGAUCCAGGAGAAAUAUACAUGGCAAAUUUACUCAGAGAGGCUCCUGACAUUGACUGGUGUCUACGGUUUCUGGAAACAUGUCUCGAACCUUGACCGGCUUGAGAGUCGUCGAUACCUUGAGAUGUUCUACGCAUUGAAGUACCGCCCACUGGCUCAAGCUGUUCCUCUUGCUCAGGAAGAGUGAAAGAAGGUGUUCUACAUUUUACAACAAUAAAGAUCUCUCCUUGCC